UUCAUUGCAGACGGCAACACGGCUACCAAGAUUGGUGAUUCUAAACUUAGCUAUUUGUCACCUUCCCCUAGCCCGACCACAUCUCAAACCUCAUCUAGUGGUGGUUCUUACGAUCCAGCUGCGGUGUUCUUCCUGGAACUCAUGAUCAAUGUUACAUUGCAAAAUCGUGAUAGAAUCCAAUAUUUAUGGCCGAUAUUAUUUGAACAUAUAACCGAUAUCCUAAAGGAUUCCCAGAAUAAUAGCGUUUUGUUAGUCGAACGUGUAGUGGUUGCUUUAUUGAGAUUAUGUAUUCGGUUAACGCAUAAGGAUGAAAUGGUUUCCGAUAUACUUCAAGCGAUAGAACUUUUAGGAACAUUGCCGCAUGAAGUCAUUAACUCCGUGGGUGAACAGAUGAUGGCUGGUAUCUUGAACUUGAUAAAAUCGGACGCAACCUAUAUCAGAGGAAAAAAACCAUGGGAAACUGUAUUUACUCUUCUUCGAGAAACUGCGACUCAUCCUCAAGCAUCUAAAUACUCUUUUGAUGCAGUCACCUCUUUAGUGCGAGAGAGUAAAAAUAUUAAUAGUGAUAACUUUAAUGAAUGUGUGGAACUUUUGGCGGAAUUUGCGUCCGCUGCAUCUUACGCAUUGGAACAGGAUUCGGAUUCACACAUGAGAACACCGAGAUCUCGUACAUCAAAAACUCAAUCGGCGAUAAUUGAUAGAGCACGAAAGGCAGUGGAAUUAUUGCAUCUCUUGUAUUCCGAGAUACCGAAAUUACUGGUAGAAUCAAAGACUCCACAGAACGAAGCAUGGUCGAACUAUUGGUUGCCGGUUCUUACCGGUUUCAGCCAGCAAUGCUAUAAUCCGUGUCGUGAAGUUAGACAAUAUGCAAUUUCUUUUCUUCAGAGAUCACUACUCGAUCCUGAGCUAGUAUCGCAUGGAGGUUUUAUGGAAUGGGUUGUCAUCUUUGAAGUGGUCCUGUUUCCUCUACUGGAUCAAUUGCUUAAGCCCGAAAUCUUUCGUGCUGACCCAAUUGGGAUGGAAGAAACAAGAAUGCGCGCUUCUGCCUUGAUGUGUAAGAUAUUCCUGCAUUACUUAAAUAGAAUGGCCGAGUGGGGUGGACUGCCGUCAUUGUGGUCACAGAUUCUGGAUGUGAUGGGGCGUUAUAUGGCGACGGGCGACAAUGAAUCAUUGCGUGAAGCGGUUCCCGAGUCAUUAAAAAAUAUGCUAUUGGUGAUGUCACAUUCAGGUAUUAUUAGUCCACCGGGAUCAACACCUGAUGAAGCAUUUCUCAGCAAUAAACCACGUAUGGAACUCUGGGAUGUUACGUGGGAAAAAGUGGAUAAGUUUUUACCCGACUUGAAACAAGAAAUUUUUCCACAAACCAAAGCCACCGAAAUUUCAGCAGAGUCAUCACCAAACAAAUUGCAAGCGCAUGAGAGCUCAGGAGAUCAUCAAAAUUCUUCAGAUAGCCUCGUAGUAAUAAAUAAUGAAUCAAAGCACAGUAAUGAAAAUAUACCUAAUCCCACUAAUGAUCAGUCGCAUCCUAUAACGAUACAAGAGAGUCAAGUGUAG